AUGCCCCGUACCAUUACUGUCGCCGCGGCCCAGAUGGGCCCCAUUGCCCACGCGCCCACCAACCCCGGCGGCCCGGCCUCGCGCGAGCCUGCCCUGGCCCGCCUGCUCACGCUGCUCGAGGACGCUGCGGCCCAGGGCGCACAGCUCGUCGUGUUCCCGGAACUGGCGCUGACGACGUUUUUCCCGCGCGCUCUGCUGACAGACGCCGCCGACGUGGCUGCCCUGUUCGAGCCCGAGUCGGAUGCGCCCGGUGCGCCGAGCAUCGUGGACUCGCCGCACCUCCAGCCGCUGCUGGCACGGGCGUCGGCCCUGGGCGUCGAUGUGAGCAUCGGCUAUGCCGAGCGGUGGACCGAUGCCGCGGCGCCCCAAACGACGACCGACUACAACACGGCCAUCUACUACUCGGCCCGGACCGGCGCCGUCGUGGCCAAGUACCGCAAGGUGCACCUGCCCGGGCGCACGACAAUGCUGCCACCCGGCUCGGCGCAGCAGCUGGAAAAGCACUACUUCACGCCGGGCAAUCUGGGCUUCCAGGCGUUUCGCAUCCCCGGUGUCUACGACGACAGCGCCGGCCACAACACCCCCCAGCCCAUUGCCGGCAUGCUCAUCUGCAACGACCGCCGGUGGGCCGAGGCCUGGCGGUGCCUGGGCCUGCAGGGCGUGGAGCUCGUGCUGUGCGGCUACAACACGUCCGACUACAAGCCGCAGGAGCCGGGCAGCGUCCAGGAGCAGACGGAGCUGGCGCUGCUGCACCACCACACCAGCUGCCAGGCCGGCAGCUACACGAACGCGUGCUUCAGUGUCCACGUGGCCAAGGCGGGCGUCGAGGCCGAGGGCGCCGGCGGCGGGCUGAUUGGCGGGACGGUCAUCUAUGACCCGCUGGGCCGCAAAGUGGGCGAGACGGCGACGCUGGGGGACGAGCUGCUCGUGGCGACGCUGGACCUCGACAUGUGCGCACAGCCCAAGCAGACCAUCUUCAACUUUGCCAACCACCGGCGGGUCGAGCACUAUGCGCGCAUCAUCGAGCAGGUCGGUGUUGUCGAGCCGCCGUUGUAG